AUGGCUCCAGAUCUCAACUCGAUGCCUUCGUCUCCCCAUAUCCCUCAGAACAGCACACGGGACCAUGACCAGCCCAAUGUCCUCUUCAUCAUGGCAGACCAACUGGCUGCUCCUCUGCUGAAGAUGUACAACCCCGACUCUCAAAUCAAGACUCCAAACCUUGAUGCACUGGCAGCCAAGUCUGUCCAGUUCGAUUCCGCCUACUGCCCUUCACCGCUUUGUGCUCCCUCGCGCAUGAGUUUGAUAACAGGAUUGCUGCCCAUGAAGAUCGGCGCGUACGACAAUGCCUCGCAGAUCUCAAGCGAUUGGCCAACUUAUGCGCAUUCUCUGAGAGCCAAAGGUUAUCACACAGCAUUAGCUGGAAAGAUGCAUUUCAUCGGGGACCAGCUCCACGGCUAUGAGACUCGCCUGACUGCUGAUAUAUAUCCGGGAGAUUAUGGCUGGGCAGUAAACUGGGAUGACUCUGAGAGGCGGCUGGAGUGGUACCACAAUGCAAGCUCCAUCCUACAGGCGGGUACAUGUGUGCGGAGCAAUCAGCUCGAUUACGACGAGGAAGUCAUGUACAAGUCAAAGCAAUUUCUUUACGACCAAAUACGUGAGGGCCCGAACAAGAGGCCCUUCUGUCUGACAGUAUCACUCACUCACCCUCACGACCCCUAUACGAUCGAAGAGAAGUAUUGGGAUCUUUACGAGGAUGUCGACAUUGAUCUGCCGAAAGUCUCUAUCCCCAAGGAGGAGCAGGAUGCACACAGCAAGCGGUUGCUCAAGGUCUGCGACCUCUGGGACGAGAACUUCACCGACGAGCAAAUCAAGCGAGCUCGACGGGCGUACUAUGGUGCUGUUAGCUAUGUGGAUGACUGUAUUGGCCGCCUGCUGCAAACCUUGAAGCAGUGCCGCCUUGACAAGAAUACCAUCGUCGUCUUCAGCGGUGACCAUGGUGAUAUGCUGGGAGAGCGAGGACUUUGGUAUAAGAUGAACUAUUUCGAGGGCUCAGCGCGUGUUCCUCUUCUGAUCUCGGACCCUACCCGGUUCGAGCCCCACCGCGUCAAGCAGAAUGUCUCGACCCUUGAUAUUCCGGCGACGCUUUGCGACCUAGUUGGCACAAAGCCGUUCCAGGGUCUUCCUAUGGAUGGCUCGUCUCUUUUGCCACAUUUAGAAGGCCGCGAAGGUCAUGAUACCGUCAUUGCCGAGUACACAGGAGAGGGUACUAUAAGCCCCCUCAUGAUGAUUCGACGAGGACCUUGGAAGUACAUUACUUGCCCGACUGACGCUCCUCAACUCUACAACCUGGAACAAGACCCUCUCGAGCUUGUCAAUCUCGCUCAGCUUGUCGACAAGGAGAGCCUGUCUCCUGGCGAGGAAGAUGCAAAGGAUAAGUUCCUGAAAUUUGAGGCAGAAGCCAAGGCGCGCUGGAACUUCGAGACCAUUACAGAAGAAGUGCUUCUUUCUCAAAGGAAACGUAGAUUCGUUUGGGAAGCUCUGAAGGUCGGCCGAUUUGAUUCUUGGGACUUUGACCCAGCGAAGCAUGAGGACGGUACUGCUAAGUACAUUCGAUCUUUCCUCCCUCUUGACGAUCUCGAGCGCAAGGCUCGCUUCCCAAUCGUCGACAAAUAUGGUCGUGAAACAGGUAGUAAAUUACUUAGACCUACCACAACCACGAUGGCGUCUCUCAACAUAUCGCAAGAAGAGCUCAAGGCUGUUGAGCAGACGCGCCAGCGCCUGUUCCAGCUCUCCAACAGUAUCGGAAGUCUGAAGACGGACGUCUUCAAUAGCAAUCCGCUCCCCAGUCUUGAAUCCCUCCAGGCCUCUGCCGAUAUCCUCCAGCAGAACAUGCGCUCUCUUCUAUCCGUCAUCUCCAACAAUGAAGAGCUCUUCACCCAGCUUGCCAUACAUCCCUCCACCAACUUCCCAGGCCGCACCCAGGAGAACAUCUUGCUGCAGCUGCUACGCAAAAAGCCAGAACCCGACGAUCUAUCGCCAAUGAACCAAAGAUGGGCCUCGCUGGAUGCAUACAUUGGCAAGAGAGCUCAGAGGUUCAUCGAGGAGGAGUUCCCAGAAGACUUCACAGCCGAGGAGCUCGAUCAAGGCAUUGAAAAUGUCAGAACCGGCCUAAGGAGGAAGUUUGAAGAGUACGAGGAAGAGGAUGACGAGGAGGAGGGAGGUGGAGGCGCCAAGAUUGCCGCAGGUAUGAAGAAUGAAGACGAUGAGGACGAUGUGACCAUGAUAGAUCGGCCGCCACCUCCACCGCCUGCUGUGCCAUCUUUACAAUCUCAGGCGAGCCAGUCUGGCACUGCCCCUGGACAUGCUGAGGGCUUGAACCUGGACAACAUGCUGAAGAUUGCGACAUUGGGUUCUCUAGCCAAAUGA